CAGAUGACAGGGGCGCUAUACGUGCAUUCAGAGAUGGAGGGUUGAAGCUGCCGCUGCUAGAGUUAGUCAGGUCAAGUGGAGUGACUGUGAAAGCCGCAAACUUCAUGAGAGUGGCGCAUUUAGUGUCAUAUAUGCUACUUUACACGGUUAUUUGGAAGACAAAUAUUUUGUGCCCAUGACGGAGUGUUGCCAUCCUGUAUCGAUGGAAUUCACCGUAGAAGAGCAGCUGGAGAUCGAGCACCUAAAGAUGCACAAGCAGGACCUAUUAGAAGACAUCCAGAAGUUGAAGAUGGCCAUUGAGAAUGUGAUGGCAGACAUUCAGGACUUUGAGUCCACGGAGGAGAGCAAACUUAUCGAGAGGGGAAAGCAGCUGUCUAGAGGGAAGAAGAAAUUCAACAUGGACCCCAAGAAGGGUGUGAGCUACCUUGUGGAGAACAAACUGCUGGAUGGGUCCCCACAAGUUGUGGCAGAGUUCCUGUACAAGGAGGAUGGUCUCAACAAAACGGCCAUAGGAGACUUCCUGGGAGAAAGGGAGGAGAUGCAUCUGCAGACUCUGAAGGCUUUCGUGGAACUCCAUGAGUUUUCAGACCUGAACCUUGUGCAGGCUCUAAGGCAGUUCCUGUGGAGUUUCCGUCUCCCAGGCGAAGCGCAGAAGAUCGAUCGCAUGAUGGAGGCCUUCGCCACACGCUACUGCGACUGCAACGCCAACGUCUUCCAGUCCACGGACACGUGCUACAUCCUGUCGUUCGCCAUCAUCAUGCUCAACACCAGCCUGCACAACCCCAACGUGAAGGACAAGACCACGCUGGAGCGCUUCAUCUCCAUGAACCGGGGCAUCAACAACGGAGAGGACCUGCCCAAUGAGCUGCUCACGAAACUGUACGACAGCAUACGGAGCGAGCCUUUCAAAAUCCCCGAGGAUGAUGGGAAUGACCUUACACACACUUUCUUUAACCCUGACCGAGAGGGGUGGCUUCUGAAACUAGGGGGACGUGUGAAGACGUGGAAAAGGAGAUGGUUCAUCCUGACAGAUAACUGCCUGUACUACUUUGAGUACACCACUGAUAAAGAGCCCAGGGGCAUCAUUCCGCUGGAGAACCUGUGCGUCCGAGAAGUGGCGUGUCCACGCAAACCGUAUUGUCUGGAGCUGUACAACCCCAACAGUAAAGGGCAGAAGAUCAAAGCGUGCAAGACGGAGACGGACGGGCGUGUGGUGGUGGGGAAGCACCAGUCCUACAUGAUCUGUGCUGCCACCGCCGAGGAGAGAGAUGACUGGAUAGAGUCUGUCAGGGCUAGCAUCACCAAGGACCCAUUCUAUGACCUGGUCUCAGUGCGCAAGAGGAAAGUCAUCAACCAGGCCACCCAAGACUGACAGCUCCACAGUGGCAGUGCAACAUGGGAAAUGUAGUCAGUCGGGGGUGCUCAGUCAGCUUUUCAAAACAUGAAGCAGUUUGGGUAGGACUUGGGUAGGACAGGGAAAUGGAGAAAAAAACCAAACAAAAACAAAAAACGAAUUAAGCUUCUCACGGCUUGUUGUCACUACCCUUUUUUAUGACCUGACAUGAAAUGAAGAA